UCGUAUGUUUCCGUCGAUCGCAAGACCGGCAAAACAGAUAAACAACACCAAAUUUUUGGCGGCACAAAAACGUCAAAAAUAACGUAAUCAGGGACACAUUCGCGAUCAAAUCACAUUCAAAGCAUGCCUCCGAAGAAGCGCGAAGCAGGAACUGACGGUGCCAAGAAGCCAAAAGCGAAACGCCAGAAGAAAAAGAAGGACGAAUUUGACGAGUCUGAAUCCGAGUCGGACAAUGAGCAACACAAUGGAAAUGGGGCUUCAGCGAUUGUGGAAGACACCGAACCCCCUAUUGACAUUACCCUGGAAGCACCAAUGCUGAAUGGAGAACUGCUCAUCUGUGGAAUGAUGAACUGGGACCUGUCUGGUCGGAAGGCUCUCCCUAAAGGAAUGAAAAGCAAAGGUGGUCCAAAUCUGUGGAAGCCAAACCGUAUUUCAGGAUUCACGGACGUCAAGAUACGGAGUGUCAUAUCUGGCUGUGUGAGCUCACAUAGCGUGGUCAUUGACACUGAUGGAAAGGCGUACACAUUUGGGCGCAAUGAGAAAGGUCAGCUUGGCCUAGGACAUACCAACCGUGUUGACAUCCCCACAGUGGUGGACUGCCUCAGUGAAUGUAAAGUGAUCAGUGCAGCCUGCGGUCGCAACCACACCCUCUUUCUGACAGACAAGGGAGUGGUGUACAGCUGCGGGGACAACAAGAUGGGUCAGCUGGGCAUCGGUUCCCAGUCUGAGAAGGUGGUCAGCCCCCAGAGGAUCAGCUACAGGGGACCACCAGUCCGAGCCCUCGCCUGCGGCGGGGAGUUCAGCAUGAUUGCCGAUAUCCGCGGUAACCUGUACUCGUUUGGAUGCCCAGAGUACGGGCAGCUGGGUCACAACACAGAUGGCAAGUAUUUCGUGUCCAGUAACAAGCUGGCCUUCAAGACUGAGCUGACCCCCCGCAAGGUGCAGGUCUGGAUUGAAAAGAACAGGGACGGGCACAUACAGCCUGUCACCGACGUGGAGGUCCGGGAAAUGGCCUGCGGUGUAAAUCACACUAUUGUGAUUGACAGCCAGAAACGCAUGUUCAGCUGGGGGUUCGGUGGCUACGGGAGACUGGGUCAUGCUGAGAACAAGGACGAGAUGGUUCCACGCCUCAUCAAGGUGUUUGAAGGGCCAAACAAAGGGGCCGCCCUUUGUGCAGCCGGGUCCAGCUCAUCUUUUGCCUACACUGAGUAUGGUGCCUUAAUGUUAUGGGGUCAGACGAAGCCUACAGGUGAGGCCAACAUGUACCCUAAACAUGUUAUGGACCUCAGUGGGUGGAGAAUCAGGAGUAUUGGCUGUGCUAACCGCAGUGUGGUGGUAGCUGCUGAUGAAAGUGUCAUUGCCUGGGGGUGCAGUCCCACUUUUGGAGAGCUGGGCCUGGGUGAGACCCCUAAAUCUUCUACGACCCCUGUGGAGAGCAAGCCCCUAGACGGGAUCCACGUGCACAGCGUGUCGUGUGGUUUCUCUCACACACUCAUGAUCGCCAGGGUGGACACUGACGAGGAGAGGGAGAAAGUGAACAAGCUACCUCUCUACAACCCGCCCGCGUAAUUGAUGAAGCCUCACCUAUCCACCUGCACAUUUAUUAUCAUCUUUUGCUGUAAGCUGCUAAACUGACAAACAAAAACCUUUUAAAUACUGUAAAAUUAUUUAUAUUUGUGGGCAUAAAGUUGUUGUUGUUAACCAGGUUUUCCGAAGGAAAAAACUGGUUAUUAGAUUGGCGAAUGCGGGCGGGCUGGCUGGCUGGCGGGCGGGCAGAACAAGCUUGUCCGGGCCAUAACUAUGUCGUUCAUUGUCAGAUUUUAAAAUCAUUUGGCACAUGUGUUCACCAUCAUUGGACGGUGUGUCGCGCGAAAUAAUUACGUCGAUAUCUCCAAGGUCAAGGUCACACUUUGAGUUCAAAGGUCAAAAAUGGCCAUAAAUGAGCUUGUCCUGGCCAUAACUAUGUCAUUCAUUGUGAGAUUUUAAAAUCAUUUGGCACAUUUGUUCACCAUCAUGGGACGGUGUGUCGCACGAAAGAAUCACGUCAAUAUCUCCAAUGUCAAGGUCGCCACGACUAAAAAUAGAUUUAAAAAAAAAAAAAACUUACAAAGGGGGUUAAUUUUGUUUGUUCAUUUCAAAAGUUCAGUUUGAGUUUUCUCCCUUUAUCAGAUUUUUUUUCACAAUGAAAACCUGGUUUUGUGACAAUUUUGUCCCUUGUUUUUUCUUUAAAAAAAUGACUUUUUGGAGUGCAUGUAAAUGUGUGGAUUUUUUGGGGGAGCGAAAAAGAGAGGAAUUUGUGUCAAUCAUUUUCUUGUAAUUAAAUAUGUUGAUUGAUCACCCACACAAACAAAUUAAUGUCCCAUAAUAAUAAUGAUUUUACACUAUUUGGAAAGUUCUAAUAACUUUGCUGCUUAACUGGCAGAAUAAUACCUUGACCUUCUCGUUUUGUUUAGGAUUACGUGUUUCUUAAUUAAAAGACUUAUUACGCUCUUGAUUGGUCUGGUAGCUUAAGAUUUCUUUUAAUGUCGACUUACUUUAACUGUUCAUAAACCAUUCAAACUUCUGUUAAAUUUAAGUGUUUUACUGAAAUUUCAAAUCAAGAACUUGAUUCUUCUGGAAAUAAUUUGAGAAUUUUACUUAGUUUUUCUUAAUUCAGAUGAAUGUAUGUAGACAAAUCGAGGAUUCACCCUGUUACUAAGGUUCUCAUAGCACAAGCACAUUGAAGUGCAUGUAUUCUUCACUUUGAAAGCUUAAGUCUGAUAAACUGGGAAAAGUUUUGGAUAUUAGCUUUAUUCAAACAAUUGUUUGUGUAAAUUUUACAGCAGGCUGAAUAUUCAAUAAAAAAUGUCAAUUAAAACAAGCCUUUUUGAUCAAAAUGGCAUGUGUGAAUGAGGCUGUAUUCUGUAUCAGGCAAGUGGUUUAUGUGUCUUGUUAUUUUCUGAAGAUGAGGGGCAGAAAGUUUGUGUGUGUGUACAUAUAUUUUCUGAACAUCAUGUUGACUUUGUUACUUUGUUAUAACGGAUGCCUUAUAUUGAAAUUAUUGGGGAAAAAAGCCUUUCAUUUUAUAAAAACUAACGAUUCAAUUGCAAUUUUUGAGCAGAUGUACUUCCAAUAAAAUUCUGGUAUAAAAGUUAUGAUUAUAGUUCACAAUACAGGAAAGUCCCCAAAGUUGCAUUCAGAAAAGCACUUUUACAUGGACAAUAAACAUCAUUUAAAUUUCUGCAGAUUGUUGGUUAUCAAAAAAAAAAUUGUAUGUUUUGGAUGCAACAGACUUUUAGUAGAUGGCUUUUACUAGUGAUUUCACAAUAUUAUAAAUAGGCUUAUGUUAACCCUUUCAGUGCGGGAACCGAAUUUUGAAGGCCUUUGCAAACAGUUUGGAUCCAGAUGAGACGCCACAGAACGUGGCGUCUCAUCUGGAUCCAAACUGUUUGCUAUUCUGAAAGUAUUCUUCGGAAAACAAUCGAAGAAAAAGCUAAUUUUAGAAAUUCAGCAGACGACAUUUUAGCAGACGACAAAUUUCCCAGCAUGCAAAGGGUUAAAAGGCUUUUGUAACCAAAUAAAUGAUCUCAAGAAUGGGUUGGUCAUACUUUAAUUACGGAAAGUAAUUCUUUCCUUUUGCUUGUUUCCAUGUUCUCUGAAUUUCCUAUGUAAACAUGCAGAGCCAGUAUUGUUCAUUGAAUUGAUUCUUCUUCCGAUACAGCUCUCCUCCUUAAUAGAUUUUGUGCCGACGCCUAUUGGUUUAGCGGUGAAAACUGUACAAUGGAUUGCCUAUUGGUUUAGCGGUGAAAACUGUACAAUGGAUUGCCUAUUGGUUUAGCGGUGAAAACUGUACAAUGGAUUGCCUAUUGGUUUAGCGGUGAAAACUGUACAAUUUAUUGAAAUGUUGUGAUUUCUACUUAAAAUAUAGUUGUAUUUUAGGAGGAAGUUGGUAUAACGUAUUUUUUUAACAUCUUGCCUCUUUGAAAUAUUCUUUGGCAAAAACGUAUAAUUGUACAACAUUGAAAGUGUGGUUUCUUUAAUUUGUGUUAAAUACGCUCUAGAUAAGGAUUGUCCACAGGGUAAUUCAAAGCAGGGAAUGUGUUUCCUCAGGCAUUCUUCAACCAUCUUUCAUCAUAACAGUCAUUACUAUAAACUGAAUUAUCAGACAUUCUUUGCACAUCCCUUGUUUAAGCUUCCUUUAGACAUUUGUUAAUUGCGCUCUUCGAUUUUGCUUUCAGUUUAACUGUCAAUACAAUAAGAAGUAUGAAUAAAACUAUCAUAAAUUAUUAUAAAUUAUUAUCAGGCAGAUUUAGUUAAAUGGUGUGUUAAGAUACCAUACAUAUUAUGUAAUUAUUGGUAUUCUUAUUCAUAAUUGGUGAAUAUUUUAUUCUACCAAUCUAAUUGAGUUAUAAAGCAAGAAGUAGCAAGAAGUGUAUCAGGGAGUUCGCUGUUGUGGUUUGCAGGAUUUUCUCGCGUGUUUAAUGUUUUUCACUUAUUAAAUAUUUAGAUUUGAUCAAGUUUGUUUAUAAAUUGUUUCUGUGUGUAUCACUAGGAAAACUAUUAUUGUUGGUGCAUAUAUAUCUGAGUUUUUGAAUAUGAGCCAUGUUGUGGGAAAACUGGGCUUAAUACAUGUGCAUAUAAGCCUGUGCAGACUGCCCAGGCUAGUCGAGCAGACACUUUCCACAUAGACUGGAUUUUUGUUAGAAAAGACUUCUUUAACUCUUUCAGUGCUGGAACCGAAUUUUGAAGGCUUUUGCAAACAGUUUGGAUCCAGAUGAGACGCCACAGAACGUGGCAUCUCAUCAGGAUCCAAACUGUUUGCUAUUCUGAUAGUAUUCUUUGAAAAAAAAUGAAGAAAAUGCUAAUUUUAGAAAUUCAGCAGACAACAUUUAAGCAAACGACAAAUUUCCCAGCAUGCAAAGGGUUAAACGAAAGGUUAUCUGAGACGACACUUAUGUUCAUGCUUUUAGCUCAGAUUUCCCAGAUUGGAGCUCAUACCUUCUUUAAACAUUGUACAUAAACCAUUGUCUGUACACUGUGCGUUCCAUAACCAUCUGUAUGUUGUGCUCACCUGUAGAAUUCAUCAUAAUACACUUUGUAUCAGAACUUACAAUAAAAUAUCUAACAAAACAUAA